CACAAAUAAAUUGAGCACAUAAGAGAUUAGGUUAGUGUCACUCUUUCGCCUCUCCCUCUGUCUCUCCCCUGCGGCUAGGGUUUUGUCUUUCACUCACUCUCUUUCUUUCUCCGUUCUUCCUUUUUCUCUCAUUUCCCUUCUCUUUCGAUCUGAAUAAUAAUCAACCAUGGAACCGUCGCUGAGUUAACCCUUUUUUCUACGCCGAGAGAGAAAGUAGCGGUUUGUUGUUUGGGGUUUUUAUUUUCCUGAGAAGGGUUUGUUGUGUUUGGAGAUGGCGACUGCGAAUCCCUUUGAUUUGUUGGGUGACGACGCCGAGGACCCCUCGCAGUUGAUCGCGGCGGAGCAGCUCAAGGCCGCGGCGGCCGCGGCCACGGCGCCGCCCAAGAAAGACCAGGCCAAGCCCGGAGCUCGUGGCGGCGCGCCGGCCCAGUUGCCGUCGAAGCCCCUCCCUCCCUCUCAGGCUGUGAGGGAGGCUAAAAAUGAAACUUCUUACGGCAGCCGUGGAGGUGGCCGAGGAGGUGGAAGAGGAUUUGGACGUGGUCGUGGUGGUGGUGGCGGCUUUGGCCGCGAUUUUUCCAAUGAUGACAACUCAUCAGCCCCUGCUAAUCAAGGAUCUUUUGAAGGGGAUUCUGGGAAUCACUCAGAAAGACGUGGUUAUGGUGGACCUCGUGGGCCCUACCGUGGUGGUGGUGGUGGUCGCGGUCGUCGUGGAGGUUUUACCAACGGUGAAGUUGGUGAAGAAGGACGCCCAAGAAGAGCAUUUGAACACCACAGUGGGACUGGACGAGGAAAUGAAUUCAAACGGGAUGGCUCUGGACGUGGGAACUGGGGUACACAGAAUGAUGACAUUGCUGUGGUUACUGAGGAAGUGGUGAAUGAAACUGAAAAGAAUUUUGCUGAUGAGAAGCCUGCAGGCGAGGAAGAUGCACCUGAAGGAAACAAGGACUGUCCUGCCAAUGAAAAUGAAGAAAAGGAGCCUGAGGACAAGGAGAUGACACUGGAAGAGUAUGAGAAGGUGCUGGAAGAGAAAAGAAAGGCCCUGCAGGCACAAAAAACUGAAGUAAGAAAGGUGGACAUCAAGGAGUUUGCAUCCAUGCAGCCACUGUCUAACAAGAAAGAAAAUGAUGAGAUCUUUAUUAAAUUGGGAUCUGACAAGGAUAAACGCAAAGAUGCUCUAGAGAAGGAGGAGAAGUCUAAGAAGUCUGUCAACAUCACUGAGUUUCUGAAGCCAGCUGAAGGGGAAAGGUACUACUCUGGUGGGCGCGGUCGGGGACGUGGCCGUGGUUCUAGAGGAGGUUACAGUGGAAAUGCAUACAGCAAUGUUCCAGCUCCAUCAAUUGAGGAUCCCGGGCAAUUCCCAACCUUGAGUGGCAAGUGAGGUUUUCCAGAACCCUUCUGACAUUUCCCUGUCCUUUUUUGUCAAUUUUGGGUUCUCUGAUUUGGACUUGAGCAGGAAAAAAACUUUGGUAGUUGGAUUUCCUGAAUUAGAAAGGUUAUUAUUUUGACUUCUAUGCCUUAAAAUGUAAAUUUAGGUUGUUCUUCAUACGUUGUAGCCUUUUCUUGUGUUUUUCUGUUACUAUGGUUCGACACUCUGGGGGGGUUAUAUGGUGGCGGAUAAGACAUAAAUGUUGUUGAGUUUCGUUUUAUUUAUAGAUUGAAUUCUCAGUUUUGAUUUGAAAUUUGGGUUAUAUAUAUGCCCUUUA